GGCGGCGGCGGCGGCGGCGUGUGCGCCCCUCUCCUCUCCUCUCCCCCGCCCCCCUCGCGAUUUAUUUACCUGCCCGCUUUACCAGAAAGGCUUCCUUUCCGCGCGAUUAAAAGGGAGCCAGGGGAGCGCCGCGCGCGGUACAAGUAGCAGAGCCCAUCCCGCCGUCCGCGUGGGGCUGGCGGCGGCGGCGGAUUAGGAGGCGGGGCGCCGCCGGAGAUGUGAGAGGCUGCCCGCGUUGACAUGGCGGCGGCUGUGGCGGCGGGCGGCGAGGCCGCGGCGGCGGCGGCGAAGAAGCGGGCGGCGUCGCGGAGCUGGAUCCUGUUCGACGCGGCGGGGGAGGAGCGGGAGCUCGACGCCGACAAGUACGCCAUCAUGCACCGCGUCGACAUCAACGCGCGCGACCUGCGCAUCCUCGACCCGCUGCUCUCCUACCCCUCCACCAUCCUCGGCCGCGAGCGCGCCAUCGUGCUCAAUCUCGAGCAUAUAAAGGCGAUUGUUACUUCUGAAGAGGUUUUGCUCAGGGAUCCUUCAGACGAAGAUGUUAUUCCUGUUGUAGAGGAGCUCCGCAGACGACUAGCACCUUCAAUUGCUGCUCAGCAUAAUGGAAAGGAUAAUUUAAGUGGCCAGCAGGAUGUGGAAGCUGCUGAAGAAGAUGAAUCUCCCUUUGAGUUCCGUGCACUUGAGGUUACUUUGGAAGCAAUCUGCAGCUUUCUUGAUGCGCGCACUACUGAGCUGGAGACUGAUGCUUACCCAGCUCUGGAUGAACUGACAUCCAAGAUUAGUAGCCGCAACUUGGACAGGGUACGGAAGUUAAAAAGUGGCAUGACAAGAUUGACUGCAAGGGUUCAGAAGGUGAGAGAUGAGCUUGAACAAUUAUUGGAUGAUGACGAUGACAUGGCUGAUCUUUACUUGUCUAGAAAGUUGGCUGGGGCAUCAUCCCCUGUCAGUGGUUCCGGUGGACCAAAUUGGUUCCCAGCUUCCCCAACUAUUGGUUCAAAAAUAUCAAGAGCUAGUAGAGCCAGUGCAGCAACUAUACAUGGAAAUGAGAAUGAUGUGGAAGAGCUGGAGAUGUUGCUGGAGGCAUAUUUCAUGCAGAUAGAUGGCACAUUAAACAAAUUAACAACGCUGAGAGAGUAUAUUGAUGAUACGGAAGAUUAUAUUAACAUUCAGCUUGAUAAUCACCGUAAUCAGUUGAUUCAGCUUGAGCUAUUCUUGAGUUCUGGGACCGUCUGCUUGUCACUUUACUCAUUGGUUGCUGGAGUCUUUGGUAUGAACAUACCUUACACCUGGAACGACGGCCAUGGAUAUGUCUUCAAAUGGGUGGUUAUUGUAUCAGGGCUGUUUUGUGCUUUCAUGUUCGUCACGAUUGUCGCUUAUGCUCGGCACAAGGGCCUUGUUGGGUCCUGAAUAGCUGGAAUAACCGCAUUACUCGCUUCCUUCAACUGUAAAUUUUGAGCUAGAGCAACAACUUUGCGGAUGAUUCAUCUCUUGUACCAAAAUUCAUUAGUAUGGAAUUAGGGAUGAUGAAAUAGAACAAUAAAUAGAAAAGAAAUAGAAAUUCCGAAGGUA